GAAUAAAACAACUAAAUUCAUAGAAUAUUGGCCUGGCAAUCUCGAUAUAAUCAUAUAUGCCAAUCCCUGGUCCUAAUUGCCAGACAAACAGUUUGCGACAAAGCACGGCGAUCCAACAACGAUGCCAUCUACUUUUGGUCGCCAGCUUGCCGCGCUGGGACUGUUGAUAUUUCUAUCAAGAGGUUUUCCAGCACGGCAAGCAGACAGCAUUGGCCACGUGGAUUUCCAAACGGACUCGUUGGGCCCCAUUGAUGCCGUUUACACCUGGGUCAACGGAUCUGAUCCGACCUGGAAGAGCAAGAGGGACUAUUGGCAUCAGCUCUGGAUUCAGGAACAGGAUGGACUGUCUCCGAAUAUCACCAACAGGCAGAGCGCAGACAGAAACGAUCAAGGCGAUGGUGCCGCCGACGAGAAUCAUUUCCGAGACAACGACGAGCUGCGCUAUUCCGUGCGCUCUGUCGAGCAAUAUGCGCCCUGGAUCCGCCGCAUCUACAUUGUCACCAACGGCCAGGUGCCCUCCUGGUUAGACGCCGACAGUCCUCGGAUCCAAAUUGUCCGCCAUUCGGACAUCUUUCAGAAUACGUCGCAUUUGCCUGUCUUCUCUUCCUCCGCCAUUGAAAGCAACCUCGACCGAAUCCCCGGUCUCAGUGAUUAUUUUCUCUACUUUAACGACGAUGUCUUUCUGGGUGCACCCGUCUCGCUAGAUGACUUUAUCACGCCGGCUGGGGUGCAGAACAUCCACCUGUCCCACCCGGUUCCACUCGGAGAUGAUGCAUAUCCGGAGUAUUGGUCCAAAGACCGCCUUACGCCAAAGAGCCCCGACGAGUUCGAGGACUACGGCUUUGUGGAUGAUGGGCAGGGGGGAGUAAAAACUGAACAGCUGUUAGGGAAAGCAGUUAUCUCCUCGCUAUGUGAGCAGGACACAGAGAUCCCGCAGUCUUUCCUUGACGAGAUCUGGGCAUCAAACAGGACAGCACCGGACAACAGCAAGCAGAUCAAAACUGUCGCACUACUGGAUGCAAUCUCGCAAUGCCCCAAGGACCAUGACUUGGUAGCCGAUGCCAUCCGCUCCGUCAUCAAGGCAUUCAACGGGCGAUUCCAGCAAUCGAAACACCUCCGGAGAGUCCCGUCGCACAUGCCGCAUAUGAUCAACAAGCACGUCUUGACCGAGCUGAAAUGGAUGUUUCCCGAGGAAUUCCAGCUCAACUCAGCGCACCGGUUUCGACACCCGCAUGAUCUACAGGUGGGCUUUGCCUAUUUCAACUAUCUAGUCAAUCGACCGUAUUUCUUGUCUUCUAAACUGUCUGCGAUGCGGGAUCAACACCUUGCCCUUGGCCGAGAAGGUAAUCUUCGAGCUCUCGCGGAUGUUCUGUGUACACAAAGCGACCCAAUCGGGUUUUAUGAAUCUAUUCAAAAGUGUCUUCAGCAUCGCCUCGCGCCGACCAACUCGGAAACAACGGUAGCCAUGUUUGCCCAGGACGUCGAAUAUUGCAUCAAUACGGUAACGUUACCACCUGACGUACAGAGAAAGGGAUAUAGACUGAAGAUGGGAACCGAUGUGACCUUUCACAUGCUGGGAGAUGACAAUGAGACCACCCUGUCCCAGCUGCAGUCGACGAGAAACCGACCAACCAAAUUCAUCUGCCUUAAUGACGACAUGAAGAGUCCAUCGCUCGAUGUGAGACGGGCGUUUAUCCAGUUACUGCAAGACCUGUGGCCAGUUCCCUCCAGCUUCGAGAAAGACGUCGGCGCACUCUUGAGCAAAACACAAACCUCUGCCUAUCAGGUGUCUGUUAUAAUGCUGUGCCUUUAUGGGUUCAUCGUGCUACUCUGUUUGUUGCGGCCUGCGCAAGAAGACUUGAUACUAGCUCGGGUGUAUAAUUAAGGAUUAGUUUUGAUCCCAAGUCUUGUUCCAUAUGCAAGAACAUCCAUGUUAAGUGGCAUUAAUUAUGACCGGAUGAGAUCCCCGCAAACCAAGGGCCAGCGAGCCAUGGUAAACGAGCACAUGAAGCUAUCAGGUAUGACCCAGA